CUUGUCUGGAAAACUACCUGGGCAAGGAAGGUGGAGUUGAGGAGGGAUCAAAUAAUUCCCAAAGACCAAGAGAUCUAACCCAGUCGGGAGUUGGAGAAACCCCAAACAGGACUUGGAGAGAAGGUUGUGAAAAUACAGUUUGAGAUUAUUGCUCUCAGGGCUGCUCAACAAAUCAGUUACUCCGGGACUAAUCUUCUCAUCGCCUGAUUCUUAUUGUAAUUUACACCACCACUACCACCACCACCACCACACACCGGUUCCGGAUUAUGGCGUAAGGAGUUUCUUGAAGGUACAACCAAGUUGGAGGGAAGCGGAGCCUCAGUACCCUGGAUUGACAGCUGGAGUUGUCCCGCGCCUGCGCAGCAGCUCGCGCCGUGGAGGACCGACGCCAGGGGGCGCGUUCGCGAUACUUCGCCGCUCUGUCUCCUCGCGCGCUCCACGACUCUCUCAGCCCUCAGCAAGCAGAGAAGGCGGAAGAAAGCGGUCUCAGAAGCUGGGGCUGGGGCUCCCGGCGGCCCGCGGACGCGGCGGCCUUCGGCCCAGGAGAUUGGCGUUCGGGCCGCCUCUCCUUGGAGCGCUGCGACCGUCCUCUGUCGGCGCCUCGGCAGAGCGGAGUUGGACGGCGGGGCUGGAGCCCUGCCUGUCCUGUUUGGCGGCCCAGAGCGCUUGAGCGGACAAUUAAUAAGUUACUAUGAGUCUGUUAAACUGUGAAAACAGCUCUGGGUCCAACCAGUCUGAAAGUAACUGCUGUGCUGCCAUGGCCAACUCCUGCAGCGCUGCAGUCAAAGAUGACAGUGUGAGUGGAAGUGCCAGCACAGGGAAUCUCUCCAGCUCCUUUAUGGAAGAGAUCCAGGGAUAUGAUGUAGAGUUUGACCCACCUCUGGAAAGCAAGUACGAAUGCCCUAUCUGCUUGAUGGCUUUACGGGAAGCAGUUCAAACACCAUGUGGCCAUAGGUUCUGCAAAGCCUGCAUCAUCAAAUCCAUAAGGGAUGCAGGUCACAAGUGUCCAGUUGACAAUGAAAUACUGCUGGAAAAUCAACUCUUUCCUGACAAUUUUGCAAAACGAGAGAUUCUUUCUCUUACGGUAAAGUGUCCAAAUGAAGGUUGUUUGCACAAAAUGGAACUGAGGCAUCUUGAGGAUCAUCAAGCACAUUGUGAUUUUGCUCUUAUGAAUUGUCCCCAAUGCCAGCGUGCCAUCCAAAAAUGCCAAUUUAAUAUUCACAUUCUUAAGGAUUGUCCAAGGAGACAGGUUUCUUGUGUAAACUGUGCUAUGUCCAUGGCAUUUGAAGAUAAAGAGAUCCAUGACCAGAACUGUCCUUUGGCAAACGUCAUCUGUGAAUACUGCAAUACCAUGCUCAUCAGAGAACAGAUGCCUAAUCAUUAUGAUCUAGAUUGUCCAACGGCCCCAAUUCCGUGUACUUUCAGUACUUUUGGUUGCCAUGAAAAGAUGCAGAGGAAUCACUUGGCCCGCCACCUGCAAGAGAAUACCCAGUUACACAUGAGAAUGUUGGCCCAGGCUGUUCACAGUUUAAACCUUGCUUUUGAUGCUGCCUCUCCCUCCCAGAUGCCUUCUGGGUAUCGCCCAGAGAUUGAAAAUUUCCAGGAAAUCAUUCAACAGUUGGAGGGUCGCCUUGUAAGACAGGACCAUCAAAUCCGGGAGCUGACCGCUAAAAUGGAAACUCAGAGUAUGUAUGUAAGUGAGCUCAAACGAACAAUUCGAACCCUUGAGGACAAAGUCGCUGAAAUUGAAGCACAACAGUGCAAUGGGAUUUAUAUUUGGAAGAUUGGUAACUUUGGGAUGCACUUGAAAUCACAAGAAGAGGAGAAACCUGUGGUCAUUCAUAGUCCUGGAUUCUACACAGGCAAACCUGGAUAUAAACUGUGUAUGCGCCUGCACCUUCAGUUACCAACUGCUCAGCGGUGUGCAAACUACAUCUCACUCUUUGUGCACACAAUGCAAGGAGAGUAUGACAGCCACCUCCCUUGGCCCUUCCAAGGUACAAUACGUCUUACAAUUCUUGAUCAGUCUGAAGCACCUGUAAGGCAGAAUCAUGAAGAAAUAAUGGAUGCCAAACCAGAGCUGCUUGCUUUCCAGCGGCCCACAAUCCCCAGGAACCCAAAAGGUUUUGGCUAUGUAACUUUUAUGCACCUGGAAGCCCUAAGACAAAGAACCUUCAUUAAGGAUGAUACGUUAUUAGUGCGUUGUGAAGUCUCUACCCGCUUUGACAUGGGUGGACUUCGGAAGGAGGGUUUUCAGGCACGAAGUACAGAUGCAGGGGUGUAGCAUCCCACUCAUUUGUUUGAAAACACAAACUUUAUGGAAAAGACAGUGCCUUUCCUUGCCUUGUUCUCAAUAAUAUGCAAACAAAAAUGGAGCAGGAAAGAUAUAAUACCCACCAGUGAAUGUUGUUAGGUCGCUUCCCACUUCCUGUUACAAAUAUCUGAGGCAGUUUUUUCUUAGGGAUCUAGACCUUCCAUGCUUUUUCAGAGAUGUUAUAUCUGAAGUGCCUGUGGCAUGCAGCAGCUGUUUUGUCAAUGAGUAUACCUCUUUGUUGUACUUUCAUGGGCAUUUACUCCAGUGUCUUAUUGUUACCAAGCCCAGAGUUAAGUGUGAAAGCUCAAACCUUUAAUAAUAAUGAACUUUACUUUAAAACUUCAGCUUAUUUUUAUAUUAUUGUAUAUAAUAUAUUAAAUGUGAGAAUCACUACUGCCUUAUGCUAGUGUCAGUAUGAAGAGUUAUUGCACUAGAAAGUGAAGUUCUCAUUUUAUUUGACCUCCUACAGAUUUCAGGGGAUCUGAAGCAUAAUCCUUGGAAAGCUUAAGUUCUCAUGUUAACUAAGGAUAUUCAGGGACUAGUUUUACCCUGACUAUAACCUUACUUUUUUAGUAUAAACAUGUCAUCAGUUGAAUAAAACCUGUUGAAGUGUUUAAUUCUACCUUGCUUAUGUAUUUCCUUAUGACCACAAAGUGUCACUCCUCCGGAUUUUAUUCUGAGAACCAUAUGGAUACCAACUGCUCAGUUUUAAAAUAUCUAACCCUUUUAGCCUGUUCAGUUCAAAGUGAAGGCAAUGCCCUGCACAUGGCUUCUGUGGUUUGUAUACACAAAAACACCCAGCAUAAGUAAAAGUGAUUCAGUUAGUCAACCAUUAUGACAGUUCAGAUUGGUGGUGACAAAAGCUAUAUGAGCCAGAAAUAUUCAGCCCUUUUUAAUGCCUUCUGGUUUCAUUUAAUUAAAUGGAAUGUAAUUGACUUCCUACCAAAAUAAAAAAUUAAAAAAAAAUUUUAAACAGAAGAUUGUAGGAGGUACAUGAGCAGUCACUAAACCAGGGUUGGAAGUCAUAAUGGUUAUGUCACAAGUUAGCUUGAGUCCAAAAGUCCACUGCAAGUUUUGAGGGGGCAUCCUAUGGAAUGUGUUAAAGUGACUAAUUAUUCCUAAUAGGAAGAGGUGAUUUUUGUACUAUUGUAUAUUUCUUAUAAAAGUACCCAUAUAAAAAUUGGAAUCUAGUUCUCAGGGAGCCCUAAAACUAGUAUGAGUGCUUAUAAAGAAUCUAAGACAAUCCAUCCACUGCUGUUUACACAAGAUUAAAGUUUCUGGUAAGGAGAGAUGAUGGUAUUGUGUGUCUCACGAAGUCAGAUCAGACCCCCCCGGCCAGCAUUCAAGAUCUGUUUUAAUUUCAAAAGGAAGAGAAACCUUGUCUUUGGAGAGGAGUCUGGUUUUCAGUUCAAAAAAAAAAAAAAAAACCAGAGCAAGUGUCACUGUGACCUUUCUCUAUGUUUUUGUCAACCCUCUCUCCCCACC